GGGCCGUGGCGCGGACUGGACGAGGCAGCGCAGGAGCUUGCGGGGGUUCGCAGCGCCUUCGCACGCCGCGUGCCGUCUGCAGAGGGUCCUGUGGAGGGAAGCAGGGAGACCCCCUACCUCAUCGAUCGGGGGGCGGGGUGGCGCGGGGCGGCGCUUGCGUGUAGGGAGACCGGCCAGUGGGGGACUGGGGGGCGGGAAGGGUGGCAGUGGAGGGUGUGGGAGGUGUAGGGGUCAAGGAGUCGCUAGCAGGAAUAGCUCCGGAGCUAGCCCUGGAAGCGCUUCAGGGGAGGACUUGGGGGGCAGAGGAGGACGUGGGCGUGUCUGGUAUGGGAUGCCAUGGAAAGGAGGGGACCCUCUUGAGUAGAUCUGUGCGUGGUUCCUUUGAGGAAUCCUCUUCUCUUUUGCCCUUUUAUUUGCCGACAAAAGAGUUCCCAUGGUCUCUGUUCAAGUUCUGGAAACUUUUUUGGGUGGGCUUAAUCACACACUGCUUCAUUGUAGAACUGCCUAGGGCCUUUUCUAAUAUUGGGUACAAACGUGGGGAGUAUGUCAGAAAACAGGAAGCAAACGCUGCUGGGGUUCGUCAGCAAACUCCCCAGUUGGACUGCACUUGGCAACUCAGGCAAGACUCACUGCCCUUUGUGCAUGGGGCUUUUCAAAGCCCCCAGGCUCUUGCCUUGUUUGCACACGGUUUGCACAACGUGUCUGGAGCAGCUGGAACCCUUCUCAGUAGUGGAUUUCCGAGGGGGAGACUCUGACACAAGCUCUGAGGGGUCAGUAUUCCAGGAACUCAAGCCACGCAGUCCUCGCCCGCAGAUCGGCAUCCUCUGUCCAGUAUGUGAUGCUCAGGUGGACCUGCCCGUGGGUGGAGUGAAGGCUUUAACCGUAGACCACCUGGCCAUGAAUGAUGUUUUGCUGGAGAGUCUGCGUGGGGAAGGCCAGGGCCUGGUGUGUGACCUGUGCAGCGACCGGGAGGUGGAGAAGAGGUGUCAGACCUGCAAAGCCAAUCUCUGCCACUUCUGCUGCCAGGCUCAUAGGCGGCAGAAGAAGACGACUUACCAUACCAUGGUGGACCUCAAAGACUUGAAAGGCUACAGGCGGAUUGGGAAACCCAUCUUGUGUCCCACUCACCCUGCGGAGGAGCUGAAGCUGUUCUGUGAGCUCUGCGAUCGGCCUGUGUGCCGGGACUGCGUGGUGGGUGAGCACCGGGAGCACCCUUAUGACUUUACCAGCAACGUCAUCCACAAGCACGGGAACUCCAUGCGGGAGCUCCUCAAAGGCACCCAGCCCCAUGUGGAGGCCCUGGAGGAAGCCCUGACUCAGAUCAAAGGGCUGAACAGUGCCCUCCAGGAGCGAGUGGAGACUGUGGCUGCGGAUGUCCGAACCUUCUCUGAGGGCUACAUCAAGGCCAUUGAGGAGCAUCGGGACAAGCUGCUGAAGCAGCUGGAUGACAUUCGGAUUCAGAAGGAAAACUCCCUGCAGCUGCAGAAGGCACAGCUGGAGCAGCUGCUGGCCGACAUGCGGACCGGAGUGGAGUUCACCGAGCACUUGCUGACCAGCGGCUCAGACUUGGAGAUCCUCAUCACCAAGGGGGUGGUAGUAGAACGACUCACAAAGCUGAACAAAGUUGAAUAUAGUGCCCGUCCUGGAGUAAACGAUAAGAUAUGCUUCUCUCCUCAGGAGAAAGCCGGCCGGUGCCAUGGCUAUGAAGUUUUUGGGGCCAUCAAUACCAAAGAGGUCGAUCCUGCCAAGUGUGUCCUUCAAGGAGAAGAUCUCCACAGAGCCCGGGAGAAACAGACAGCCUCGUUCACCCUGCUUUGUAAGGAUGCAGCAGGAGAGAGCAUGGGCAGGGGAGGAGACAACAUUCAAGUUGCUGUGGUCCCUAAAGAUAAGAAAGACUGUCCAGUCAGAACGAUUGUCCAAGAUAACAGGGAUGGGACAUACUCUGUCUCCUAUACACCCAAGGAACCUGGGAUCUAUUCUGUGUGGGUCUGUGUCAAAGAGCAGCAUGUACAGGGCUCACCAUUCACUGUGACCGUGAGAAAGAAGAGCCGCUCACACCACGGGGUAUUUCACUGCUGCACAUUCUGCUCCAGUGGAGGCCAGAAGACUGCUCGCUGUGCUUGUGGAGGCACGAUGCCAGGUAAGGAGGGCAAGCCACAUACUCUGGGCCUGUCCCCCUGCAGUGGGAAUCCAGUGACAGCCCUUCCACUACCACACAGCCACUGGGUUUAGGACACUCGGACUUAGGCGUUGUUUCUAGGAAAUAGAAUCUGUGUAUAUAACACUGUUCUAAAAGUUUCGUUUAAAGCUUAUUUAUUUUGAAAAUUGAAAUAACAAGCUUAAGUGUUCUGCGUUUUUU